CGGACGCAGUAGCGAAGGCUCAGAAACAUGGAGGCGGGGGACGCGGGGAGUGCUGGACCGUCCUCUCGGCCGGAGGCCUCGGUGUCUGCCGAUGACCGGCUUUUCCUGGUUAAAGGUGGAAUUUUCCUUGGUUCUGUUGCUGCAGCAGGAAUGCUAGCUGGAUUUGCCACAACAUUGUCUUUGGCUAAAAAGAAAAGUCCUGAGUGGUUCAAUAAGGGAAGUAUGGCCACAGCUGCCUUACCAGAGAGCGGGUCUUCCCUGGCCUUGCGAGCCCUGGGCUGGGGCUCACUUUAUGCCUGGUGUGGGGUCGGUGUGAUCAGCUUCGCAGUCUGGAAGGCUCUAGGAGUGCACAGUAUGAAAGACUUUCGAAAUACAAUGCAGUCAAUAUUUCCAGCAAUUCCCAAGAACUCUGAGUCGGCUGUUGAGUGGGAAGAAGCACUGAGAUCCAAAUGAGAGGAGCACAGUGGAUGAAGUCUGGACGAGUGCUACGGGGAAGGCUGGCUUUGGAGCUCUCGCAGCCCCAAAGGGACUCAAGUGAGUUCUCCUCAGGAACACACGCAGUCGCUGACUGAGCCUCUGGGAUGGACAGCGUUCAGUGUCCUCACAGAGGCCUGCCGUCAUGACUGGGCGCUGCUCCUUUACAGCUGAUCUGGUUACGUUCACAGGAGGGGGAGGGGGUUAGGGUUAGCAAAGUUUGAAAAGUUAGGAAGACUGUUUCAAAAUAAUUACAUGGGUACCUUCUCUAGGUAAAGGAAAUCCCAGGGGAAGUACUUUUAUGACUGUAAAAGUUGAAAGCCAAGUUUUCUACCUGAAAAAAAUAAUAAUGUAUGAUGGAAAAUCUUUAUAAACAGACAGUGGUACCUCAGUGUGUCCAGUUAAAGAAGUUUUAGCAGCCUUGCUUGUGAGUGUGUGGCUGUCAGAGCGCAGAGGACUUGCUCCUGGAAGUGAGUCCUGCCCGUCAGGCAGUGGAGUCGUGCUGCUGCCCCAAACGCGCACUGUGGUGUGUGUGCUAGGUAUCUCUUUCAGUUCAGUUCAGGUCAGUCGCUCAGUCGUGUCCGACUCGUCGUGACCCUAUGAAUCGCAGCACGCCAGGCCUCCCUGUUCAUCACCAUCUCCCGGAGUUCACCCAGACUCACGUCCAUCGAGUCCGUGAUACCAUCCAGCUAUCUCUUCCUCAGUCGUCCCCUUCUCCUCCUGCCCCCAAUCCUUCCCAGCAUCAGAGUCUUUUCCAAUGAGUCAACUCUUCUCAUGAGGUGGCCAGAGUACUGGGGUUUCAGCUUUAGCAUCAUUCCCUCCAAAGAAAUCCCAGGGCUGAUCUCCUUCAGAAUGGACUGGUUGGAUCUCCUUGCAGUCCAAGGGACUCUCAAGAGUCUCCUCCAACACCACAGUUCAAAAGCAUCAAUUCUUCGGCGCUCAGCCUUCUUCACAGUCCAACUCUCACAUCCAUACAUGACCACAGGAAAAACCAUAGCCUUGACUAGACGGACCUUAGUCAGCAAAGUAAUGUCUCUGCUUUUGAAUAUGCUGUCUAGGUUGGUCAUAACUUUCCUUCCAAGGAGUAAGCGUCUUUUAAUUUCAUGGCUGCAGUCACCAUCCACAGUGAUUUUGGAGCCCCCAAAAAUAAAGUCUGCCACUGUUUCCACUGUUUCCCCAUCUAUUUCCCAUGAAGUGAUGGGACCGGCUGCCAUGAAAGGCCCUGUAAACCUGUACGUUCUUCGAUAAGAAGCCAGUAACAGACUGUGAUGACCUGAAAGGAUAUCAUGCAAAAGCAAUGAUAUUGUGGGUAUAAAAUGUACUUUUUUGACAGGUUGAUUCUGAGUCCCUAAACAUUGCCUGACAGUUUGUAGUCUUAUCUCAGUUGUCAAUAUUAAAAUAGACUGCUCUCUUUC